AUGGGCUGGUCACCAACUCUCACAUGGCUUCGCUGGGGGCCAAAAUACCACCUUCACCGCAAAGUCUUACAGCCCCCUUUUGCCAAGUCCAAAGUAGGGCAGUAUCAAGACUACCAGCUACGGGAGGCGCUGAUAUGCUGCAAAAGCAUGCUCGACGACCCGGAAAACUGGGUUAUAGCCGUUAGACGGUUCGCAGUGGCCAUCGUGUUGAAGAUAUCCUACGGGCUCAACGUCGAUAGCCCGGACAGCCAGUGGAUUAAACUGGCGGAAGAGUCAGCCGAAGCGAUAGGUAAAUCGGGGCCACCGGCAAGUUCGAUCAUGGAUCGAUUUCCUCUCACAAGAUACCUACCAACAUGGCUACCCUUCAUGGAACGCCUCCGCUACGCCCGAACCUGGCGCCACGCAAUAGAAGACAUCACCCGCCUCCCCUUCGAAGCAGCCAUGUCCUCGCCCACCUCCCCCACCAAAAGCUUUGUCCACCACCGCAUGGCCAUCCACAACUCCAAUCUCGAACGGUCUAUCCCAAACGACUUCACCAUCGAAGACAUCAAAGGCGCCGCCGCAACGAUAGUCAUAGCAGGCAACGACACGACCGCCGCCACAUUGAUGCUCCUGGUAUUAUACCUCCUCAAAAACCCUCACGUCCAAUCCCUCGCCCAUUCCGAAAUCUCCUCCCUCCCCCAUAAUCUCCCCACUUUUUCCUCCCUCCCCUCCCUCCCCUUCACCCACCUCUUACUCCAAGAAACCUACCGCCUGAACCCCCUCUCCCCCCUCGGAAUACCCCACUCCUCCCUCCACCCGGACACCUACAAAGGAAUGUACAUCCCACCCAACACAAUCAUCUACCAAAACAUCUGGGCCAUGAACCACAACCCCUCCAUCUACUCCGACCCCGACGAUUUCAUUCCCGAACGGUACCUCCCCGUUGACCAAGGCGGCCGAGGUGAGCCCCUGCCCCAGGGAAAUUUCGGUUUUGGGAGGAGGGUCUGUAUAGGACGGCAUCUGGCGGAGAAUAGUCUGAUGAUUGUUUUGGCCACGAUACUCGCGACGAUGGAGAUUGGCGAGCCGGAAACGGGGGAGGUGGGUGAGGAGUGGAGUUUUAGGGGGCAGGCGAUUGUAAUGCCGUUUAGGGCUUCGUUUAGGCCGAGGUCGGACAAGAUGAAAGAGUUGUUGGAUGAGGCUGUUAAAAAGUUGGAUGAAGAGGAGGGGGAAGAUCGUUAGUUAGUUGGGUUAUCGUGAAGAUGGUGCUCGUGGACGUGACCCAAGUAUUAAAAAGUAUUUUAGCUCGUUGUAUCGACAGUAACGCUCCAUAUUUACCGGAUCCCAAGCCCGAGAGAUACCCAAUAUAUGUACAAAAAAGAGUAUGGCGCUCUGCACCGAGUCC